UGUCCGGUGAAACAUACUUAUAGUUUGAGCGAAUUCUAGUGUUGUGUUGACGUAGCUUAUCUAUCCAUUGAAACCAAGCUAUUGACGCACAAAUCUGGUGGCAAGAUGGCGUUGCACCUGCCACUACAGGUUUAGAUGCUCCAAUUGGAAUCAAAACAGAGUUAAGGACACUGGCCGAAAGUAAGGGUUUGCCGGAUUGUUCUUAGGUUACUGGUCUGUUUGAUCCAAACCACGGGACGGCAUCGCUGUCCAGCUGUGAGACAAAUGUCGACAGAGGAGCUGUCAACAUCGGACAGCGAAACUGCCUUGGCUGGUACUGGUGAGCGAUGGGCUCCGGUUGGAGCUGUGGCCAACCCUGAGGAUGAACGAGGGAAACGGGACUUGUUGGAGCCCAGGCGGACGGGCUCAGUGUCGGCAAACGAAACUGAGAUGGCGGCCAGGCUGCAGAAACUGGAAGAGGAUCAAGAACUGUCAAACUCCUCGCUUCUCGCCCUAACCUCACACUUUGCACAGGUACAGUUCCGACUGAAGCAGAUCGUUCAUGCACAGAGCGACGAGAAAGAGAGGAUGCUCAUCGACCUCGAGGAGUUCGCUUUCAAAGGCUGUCCGCAUGUUGUUGGCUGUCGGGCGAAGGAUGCGCAAAUGCUGGAAAACUCGGAGGAACUGAGUGAGCGGGAGAAGAGGGAGCGUUUGGAAGCCCAGAGGGAGAAGCAGAAGGACCUGAUUGUCCAGCUGAAGACCCAGCUGGAUGACUUGGAGCGCUUUGCCUACCAGGAGGGCAGCUAUGAUUCCCUGCCCCAGUCCGUGGUGAUGGAGAAACAAAAGGUGAUCAUUGAUGAGCUCAUUAGAAAGCUGGAUGUGAAUCUGAAUGAGGACAUCGGGAACCUGAACCCGGACGAGCUGAGGCAGAGAGUGGACGCCGCCAUCGCACAGAUCGUCAACCCGGCCCGGGUCAAAGAGCAGCUGGUGGACCAGCUCAAAACCCAGAUCCGAGACCUGGAGAUGUUCAUCAACUUCAUCCAAGAUGAGGUGGGAAAUCCUUUACUGUCUGACGGCCAGCACAGUGAGCAGGCUGGGACGGCCCAACCUAACUCCAGAGGCCCAGGGGGGAAAAAGAAAGUGGACCCAGAGCAGGCCCAGAGGAUCCGUGAGACGGGCCUGCAGCUGAUCCAGCGCGCCCUGGCUGUCCUGCAGAUCUUUGCCGUCAGCCAGUUCGGCUGCGCCGCAGGCCACGUGCCCCAGACCCUGUGGGCCCAGGGCAGGGAGGCCAGCAACCAGGACUACGGCCCCCUGCUGCAGCGUCUAGAGGCGGCGGUGGAGCGCGUGCGUAUCCAGGCGUCUAGCCGGCAGUCGGCCUCCCAGGAGGAGCAGCACAUAGUCAGCUACACCGUGUGCCUGUCCCCCGGCGGGCCCCGCGACGAGCUGACCACCACCGUGCGCAAGGACCUGGCCAUGGCCCUGCGCGACCUGCUGGCCCACGGCCUGUACGCGCCCUCGCAGGGCAUGAGCCUGGUGCUGGCGCCCAUCGCCUGCCUGCUGCCCUACAGCCCCAGCCAGGCCAAGAACAUGCACCCUUGGGAGCUCUUCGUCAAGUACUACCACUCCAAGGACGGCCAGGCCUUCGUGGAGUCGCCCGCGCGGCAGCUCUCGCAGUCCUUCAGCCUGCCGGUGGGCGACGGCCCGGUGACGGUGACGCCCAAGCAGUCGCUGCUGUGGGCCGUGCACUCGGUGCUGCACGAGCACAGCCGCUACAAGCGCGGCGCCGACUCCGAGUUCAAGGCGCUGGUGUGCGUGGCGCUGAACGAGCAGCGGCUGGUCUCCUGGGUCAACCUGCUCUGCAAGUCGGGCGCGCUGGUGAGCCCCCACUACCAGUCCUGGAGCUACAUGGCCCAGACGGGCUUCGAGGGGGCCCUGCGCAUCCUGGGACGCCUCAGCCACCUCAAGUUCAGCCUGCCCGUUGACUUGGCCGUGCGGCAGCUCAAGAACAUCAAGGAUGCCUUCUGAGGAGGAGAGAUCGGACACGGGGCCUCUUCCAGCUCUCUGGUCCCCCUCUCUCUCUUAUUUCUCUCUCUCUCUCUUAUUUCUCUCUCUCGCUUCCCCCCUCUCUCUCUCUCUCCCCCUUUCAUUCUCUCUUUGCCUUGCUGUGCUUUUCACAAGUGUGCUCCAGUGUUAUCCCCUCUGAAGAAAUGAAGGAGAAAUGGAAACGGUGUGUGAGGGAGAAAAAGAUGGGGCGGAGAGAAGAUGAUGAAGACCACAGGCCCAUGGGCCAUCACUGGCUGUCCAUUCAAACUGAAGAGGGCAGUGAGAAUCUUAAAUAUGCUGCAUUGCUAUUCUCUUGUAGGGACAUUUGUUACGAUAAAGCUUGUGUUAUCUAGGCCUAAAGUUACACGCAGAAAAAAAAAAAAUCAUCCUUAAAAUGCUGGAAAGUUGCUUUACAGUGAUUUCUGCAUGAGUGCCCUGCACAGCUAUCAAAGCAGAUAAAUCAAAGUUACCAACACUAAGAUGCUUGACAAAGUUGUCUGUAAUGUCCAUUAUAUUAUGAUGUGUGUAUUUUCAGUCCAAGAAACUGCUAUGACUAAUGGAAAGCCGGGGUUGGGAAGGUUACUUUCGAAAUGUAAUAAGUUACAGAUACCCUGUUACCCUGUUACUUUUUGAUUGGCAGAUGAGAGGCGGUGAAAAUUUAAACAAGAGAACCAAUCAAAAUCAAUGCUCAAGAUUUGAGCACAUACUGCCAAGUGAAUGGAGCCUGUCUGGACGGCAAACAGAUGCAACAGAAUGAAUGUGAUAUUCUUUAAAGCUUUCGACAUCGGAUGUAGCCCCUUUGUAAUCACCAACAUUUUUGAUUAGUAACUGUAAUUUAAUUACAUAUUUUGUCUCAGUAACUGCAACGGAUUACAAGUACAUUUAUUUUGUAAUUUAAUAAUGUAACUCCAUACAUUUAACUAGUUAUUCUCCAACCAUGUGGAGAGCAGAGCAAGAUCGUUAUCAGAUCAGGCUUUGUUAUGCACUUUUGGAGUGUUGGAACCUUUCGCUGCAUGCCAUUGACAAUGAUUUCAAUUUGAAUGCCAUUUUGUUUUUUAACUUCUCCUCAUGAAAAUAUAGUUGUGCCAUCAACUAUACAUGCAGUGUGUGGGGGUCUAUAUACAUAACUCAACAUUCUUUCAAGGUUCAAUCCACUUGACACUAUUACAUUGUGAAUUUUAUGUAUGUUUCUUGUACUUGUACAGGAUAUUUGUUGACUUUAGUCUAUGAAAAUGGAGAGGAGGGGCAACCUUUAUUGACAACCACUCAAGAGUGCUAUUGAGUGCCUAUAAAAGAAAAGAGGAAACAUCUGGGUAAACAAGGACUGUCCACAAAAAAUAUGACAUGAUGCCGUAACAGGUGUGGAAAGAGUCAUUGUUCGAGGGCCCAGCGAUGACACCUCUCACCUGAGGCAUGUGGUAUUGGCCCGUCUCCCUUUGGAGAGCAACUUGUAGGUAUUAUCAGUUU